UCACCUUCAAAUCUCCCCCAACUCUCCCAGCCCCAAAGCCAUGAGAGGAUCUACAUCUUGCUAAUGGAGAGAUUACUUCUCUUCUUUGUGAGGAGAUGUCUACAACCUAAGGGUUUAGACAAUAUUGAUGUAGAUGAUGUAGAUACCUAUAACCUAAAGGUUAUGCCUUUAUUUAUAGGCUUACAAUACUUCAAAUAGGAAACCAAGCUUUACUCUAAUUUAGGAAAUCCAAAUUAGCUAAGAUAGGAAACCCUUGUUUAGACAGAUAGAAGUCUAAACACAUUCCAAAAAUCAGUAAAAACUGAUUUAGGAAAUCACACUGAUGUUUCCUAAAAAUCAAGCCAAUAUCCAACAUUUAUUUCAUGUUAUAUGUAUGAGUUCUUGGAAACUUCUGUCAAUAAAAUGGCUUAUCAUAUUGUAGACUCGUAGUUCGAUAAUGCGAGGAUCUAAUUCAGCAUCUACAGCCUCUGUUUCUUCUAAUGUUAUACAGUUCUCAUUAACAGUGCCCAUUGGAGAGAAAAUAUCCUGUUCAAAGUCUUAUCGUUUUAGACCAUUUUAUUCUUUGUUGUAUAGAACCUCAUGUUGUGUAAUUAUGUUUUUUAUGGAGAGUUCUCUAAUUUGUGUAAAAUUAUGUCUCCAGGGGCACAUCUGCGGGUCUGCCAGUCAUGGAAUGCACAUCCAUCUGUUGUACACUUGUACUUCUCCUCUCAUUCGAUCUGAGACUUCAUCUCUCUCAUCAUUUUCUUCAUCAUUUCCAACUCAGAAACUACUGCAAUCUGUUUGUUUUCCAUCAAGUUCGUUGAAAUCUAACCAGAUUUCGUGUCAGACAUCUGCUUCUGCUUCUUCUUCCAUUUCAUCUUCUGUUAAUGGAAAAGCAAAACUGGGGCUUAAGGACUUUAUUCACAUCAGUGAUUUUGAAGUCAAGGCGCUACUUAAAUCAGGAGACAGAUCAUUCCAACCAUUUAAAGGGAAGUCAAUGGCAAUGAUCUUUGCAAAGCCGUCAAUGAGAAUUCGAGUUUCUUUCGAGACAGGCUUCUUCUUGUUAGGUGGACAUGCUAUAUAUUUAGGACCGGAUGAUAUCCAAAUGGGGAAAAGGGAGGAAACACGUGAUGUUGCUCGCGUGCUUUCUGGCUAUAAUGAUAUCAUUAUGGCUCGUCUAUUUGCUCAUCAGGACAUUCUUGAUUUGGCAAAAUACGCUUCUGUACCAGUCAUCAAUGGCCUGACUGACUACAAUCAUCCUGUUCAAAUUAUGGCCGACGCACUCACUAUAAUUGAACAUGUUGGUCAGCUUGAAGGAACAAAGGUCGUCUAUGUAGGAGAUGGAAACAACAUUGUGCAUUCAUGGCUCUUGUUGGCAUCGGUGGUUCCUUUUUAUUUCGUUUGUGCAUGUCCUAAAGGAUUUGAACCAGAUGAAAAGACAGUUGAGAAGGCACGGAAAGCUGGAAUAAGCAAAAUCGAGAUAACCAAUGAUCCCAAAGAAGCUGUUAAAGCGGCAAAUGUUGUGUACUCUGACGUUUGGGCAAGUAUGGGUCAACAAGGGGAGGCUGAAUACCGCCGUAAAGUUUUUAAUGGAUUUCAGGUAAACGAAGCGCUAAUGACGCUAGCAGGACCAGAAGCGUAUUUUAUGCACUGCCUACCAGCAGAAAGAGGUGUCGAGGUCACAAAUGGAGUCAUUGAAGCUCCGAACUCCAUCGUCUUUCCACAAGCUGAAAACCGCAUGCAUGCACAGAAUGCUGUAAUGCUUCAUCAAUUUGGUUUGUAACUGUUAGGAGGUGAGGGUAAAUAAUAGCUUAGUUGGUAGUACUAGUGCUAGUGGUAGUAGUGUUUUUUUUUUCUUCCCGCAUUCUGAUGGUAGACUAGUCUGACGUGAUGUUAAGAGCGAAAAACACCAUCCUUUCCUCUCCUUCAUCUGCAUUAGGAAUGAAAAACUAGUAGUGAUUGUUUCUUCGUAUCUUCUUGAUGUGGUUAAAGACUGUUACCUCGUGUUAUUCAGUAAUUCCUUUUGGAUGUCGUCUUGUUUUAGUUGAUCUCA